UACGAUGACGCAAUGCCGGAUUUGCUCGGCUUUCACAGCAAAUGUUUGGUGUCACGAAUCUUCCUCCAACGGCGUUCACGGGGAGUCGAUUGUUUUAAACUUGGGAAAGGGCAAAGGGCCGGGGUGGUUGGUGGGAAACUGACCACGGAGGGAAAACGCAACGCGUUUCUGUCUUGUUUUUUUUGUGUGCUGUUACUAUUUGCUACUAUCGUGUGUGGGUGUGCGCGCGCGUCUUGUGUCCUUGGUCUUGAGCCGAGUGAAAGGGACACGUCGGAUCGAAAGGGUUUUCUUGAUACUGAGCUUGUCUGGAGAGUAUUUACGCGUCGUGCGCGUGCCCAAUGUCUGCGUUGGCACUCGGGUCGAUAUCUUUUGAUUAUGCGGCACGGACGGACUCUCCCCGACUACUGUAACAUAGCUCGCGCGAUAUACCAACGUUGAGAGCGUUUCACUGUUCAUGAUAAUUUCCCAAUGGUAAUGCCUGAU